UGGACGCACUUGCAGGGUGACUGACAGGAGCAUGGAGUACCUGGAAAUCAGUAGCUUACGGAGCGUAUCAGCGAUGUGGACUGAAACGGGGUGAAAAAUAGUGAAACAUAUCGCUCCGAUUGAGUUUAAAAACAUCCCUGUACGUCGGACAAUUGUACUGGAUAUGCGGAAAGAAGAUUUACAAGGGAAUCAUUUGUGAAUGACUUCAUUUUUCGCCGGGACGCUAGCCGAUAUAUUGGCCUUUCACAGUCCCAAUGCUGCGGUCGCUUGAAAGGAAAGGAUGACUGUUUGAUUGCGUUUCGUUCCUCACCGCAACGCCUUCCUCUCUUUUUCACGGCCCGUCUGUUUUGGACCUGCUAUGGUGGACUCGAAUGCAAUGAGGAAGACUUUUGUGGUUCCGGACAUAAAGCCGCUGGAUCAGUAUGAUGUGACCCGAGCCAGGAUCUGCGCCAGUGUCGGGUGGCUGCUGGCAAAAUCUUACGGCAAUGCAGAGAAUGUUCCCGUGGAGCUGCGUGAUCCGUUCUACUGUGACCAGUAUGAGCAGGAACACCUGAAGCCUCCCGUCACACAUCUGCUGGUGUCUCCUGAACUCUACUGUCGCACCUACGGCCUUCUGCUGGGCGGAAGCCCGGGGGCCGAGGGUCCCCCCAAAGACAUCUCAGCCCUCCUACAGCUCCUGAGCAAAAAGGGCUUGACACCCAAAGACCAGAAUGUCCCUGUCACGGAGGCAGAUCUCCUCAAGAAGCCCAUAAAAAUGAGUGCCCACUUGGAGUUGAUAGAUGCUUUAAUGGCAGUGGGUGCCAUGGAGACGGUGAGUGCAGUCACGGCGAGCGGCGGAUCCGAGCUGCUCAGUACAGAUGCGAGCUGGGACAGAGCCCUGCUGUGCUGGGUGAACAGGCUGAAUCAAAAAUUGAAAGAGCAGUCGGAAGGUACACAGACUGAUGGAUCUCAGCUGAACAAUGAACCACAGCCUGUUCAGCCAUCGUGUCCCACUCGCUGGUACUGGAAACUUGUUCCUAUCCGGUACAGGAAGGACAGGAUGCAGUCUAAACUCAAACCCUGUUUUCCUGUGGUGAAUGAAGUCAAGGAUCUGUCAAAUGGAUGUGCCCUCGCUGCUGUUAUUCACCAUUACUGUCCUGGACUGCUGCGGUUAGAGGAUGUUUGUAUGAAGGACUCCAUGUCUGCGGCUGACAGCCUGUAUAACUUGCAGUUGAUUCGGGAGUUUUGUGACAGCUGUCUGAAGAACUGCUGCCCUCUAGUGUUGGAGGAUUUACUCUACAGCCCACCAGAACUAAAGACAAACAUACUGAGCUUUCUGGCAGAGCUCUUGUAUUGGUUUGAAGUGUCAAAGCCGGAGUUUGUUCAGCCCCUGCAGGACUCAGAGCUGACUGAAACAUCGGGAAGGAUUGAUAAUGGCAACAGUGGGACACGUAAAAGUGGUUCUCCUUCCAUCUUCAAGAAGCCCUUCCUGCCCAUCUCCUCUCCUGUGACCGGAGCAACAGGAUCUCUGACUCAGUCUACCUCAAUGUCUCAUGUAGAGGCAGCUGGACGGACGUGGACUAAGAACCAGCUCAGUCGUCCCCUGUCCUCUGCAGUGUCCUUUAGUAUCCCCUUUGGUCUGGACAGUGAUGUGGACAUUGUGAUGGGUAACCCUGUCAUAACUCGCUCUGCCAGCUUUGACAAUGUCAACCCCACUGGUCAAUCCAUGACUCAUGUCCCCUCCACCCCUCCAGAGGACCUCAGCCAUUUAUUAAGUAAGUCCCCUGGCCCCAACGGCCCUCAAAGAGCUUCCUGGACCACUCGGACUCGUCCAAUGCUGGCCGAGGAGAACGGCAUUGAGAGCGAAACAGGUGAGCUGCCCACUAUCGAAGAGGCAUUGCAGAUCAUCCACAAUGAAGAGAAAAUGGAGCCCCGGCUUCACCCUGACGGGGCACCUGACGGUUUCUUCCUGCAUUCAUCGGAUGAUCUAGCAAACAGUCAGCACAACGGCGAUCCGCCACCUCUUAGCUCUUCAGCCCCGCCCCGCUCAGGAAUGCUCUACCAUCGAUCUUCAGGAGCGCCGUCAGAGUCAAAUCGCUCCAGACCUACCUCAGACGGCUCUAGAGACGACGACUCUGUGUUAAGAGAUGGAAGCGUGGAUUCGGAUGCCUCUGAAGACCUACCCAAAACCCAUUCCACCCCUGCAACCCCUGCCGCUGGACCUCGUGUAACUCGUUCGCAUGAGACGCCAGACAGCGGUGUGAAGAUGACCAGCUUUGCUGAACGAAAGAAGAAAUUGGUUCCGGAGCAGGUACGACCUAAUGAGCCCGGAGCCACACAAAUGACUACCUGGGCUAAGAAGUCAGAGGAGAGUCCCAGCAAAAGUCCUGCGCUCAGCACAGAAAUGUCAGAGUUGGGUGCGAGGCUAGAGGAGAAGAGGAGGGCCAUCGAGGCUCAGAAGAAACGGAUAGAAGCCAUUUUUGCCAAACAUCGGCAGAGACUGGGAAAAAGCGCCUUCCUACAACUGAAGAAGGAACAAGAGGAUGGAGUGGAAGGGGAGGCUGGGACCUCCUCUGUAGAGGAUGAUCUUAGCCGACUGGCACUGGACGAGAGACUGGCCCGCUUAGAGAAUGAGGAGCAGCGGGAAGAGCAACAACACAAGCGUCCCUCUGUGGAGGACGAGGGAUGCGUCAAGCCCUCCGCGCAACAAGACAAUCUAGUACAGAAUGAAAAGUCCGGAGUGGACGGACCUGGAGAGAAAGGCACGGCACCGUUGGGUGAUUACAACAAUGCUGUAUCUAAACUCAGUGCGGCUCUCAAUUCUCUUCAGAACGAUAUGCAGCGUCUUUCCGAACAACAGAACCAGAUGAUGAAGAAGAAAACCACGACCAACAACCAGGCUUGGGUCAUCCCACCAAGCUCCAAACCCUCAACAGCUACCCCUCCUCGUCUGUCAAGGCAGUCCAAUCGUAACGUACCCUCUGCCUCCUCUUCCCCUUCCCCGUCUCGCAAGAACUCUAAUCACACCGCCCCACCCAAAUCGCCAGCGUCUCACCGCAGGGCACAGUCUGCACCUCCGAAGAGCCCCAAAAUGAAUCGAUCUGCAGAUGUUAAGAAGCCGCAUUCUACAAGAGUCAUUACUGCCCCUCAGAGCGUGGACACCAUCCCUCACUUACGACGAGGGUCGCCAUGGCAAUGCAGGGAUCAGAACUCGUCCUCUUUCAACAUAGGGACGCCAAGCGAAUCCCGUUCUGCAUCCUCCCUGGCCAGACCUGAGGACAACUUCUCAGACACGGGCUCCAGUGAGGAUCAGACCAUCUUUAGUAUGGAGUUGGAGGGCGGAUCUUCACAGACUUUGCCCAGAACGGUGCGCCAUGGCGGCAGCAGCUCGGGAGCUCCAUCCGAGUGCUCGUUUGAGAGCGAUGUUCCCACAGCGGGUUUGAAUGGCAAGCGCAGCAGUCUUAUCGAGGUCUCCCUGUCCUCUCUAAAAGCGUUUGAGGGUGGGGAAGCGGAUCAGAACCAGGACAUGUUCUUCGACUCGAUGAGCGACCAGACGGAGCAAGAAACGAGGGGUGGAGUUGGGUUCUUUUUCAAGCAGGAUGAAACUCGACCUGAAGAUGAGAUGGCUCAGAGAAGAGCAGCGUUACUUGAGAAGCAGCAAAAGAGGGCAGAAGAGAUGAAGAGACGAAAACAAGAGCAGGAAAGAGAGAGAGAGGCCAGCAGGUCAUCAUCAGUGGACGAUCCCCGUAUAGGGGAGGAGAGACCCCAGACUCCCUGCACACCCCCGCCACCCCGCACCCCACCACCCGAGGGCACACCUCAGCGCCGCGGAGACUUCACUCGCCAGGAGUACGAACGUCGGCACCAGCUUAAAAUAAUGGAGGAUCUAGACAAAGUUCUCCGUCAAAAACCCACCACCGUCAGAGGCGUGAAGAAGCAAAGGCCCAAAACUGUGUUCAGAGAUGACUCCGGCCUCUCCCGCAGCCCUGCCAAAGGGUUCAUGGGUUCUAGGCUUAAUAAAGUGUACUCCCAUUCGACAAUGAACCUGUCCUCCAUGGCCAAUGAAAAUGGGACACUAACUGUCAGGAAAUCUCCAAGUCGAUCUCAUUCACCAUCCAGACUGAUGUCUCCGGGCCGUCUCGCUGCACAGAAUGGAGACUGGGAGACUGGAUCUACUAUUUCAUCUCCGGGUUCCAUCCCAGAAUACACUGGGCCUAAACUCUACAAGGAGCCAAGCUUUAAAUCCAAUAAGUUCAUUAUCCAUAAUGCCAUCUCACGCUGUUGUUUGGCAGGGAAGGUCAACGAACCCCAAAAAAACAAGAUUGUAGAGGAAAUGGAGAAAGCCACUGGAAACCAUUUCCUUAUCCUGUUCCGGGAUGCCAGCUGUCAGUUCCGGGCGGUUUACACCAUGAACCCCGAGACGGAGGAGAUGGUCCGGCUGACGGGCAUCGGCCCACGCGUCAUCUCUCUGGAUAUGGUGGAGUCCAUCUAUAAGUACAGCUCUGACCGCAAACAGUUUACGGCCAUCCCGUCCAAAACCAUGUCUAUGAGUGUGGAUGCCUUCACCAUUCCCAACCAUUUGUGGGAGCGCAAACGCCCGGGAACCCCCAAAAAGCUUGGGACUCCAAAAUAAAGCUCGAGGCUUUUGCCACUACGCCUGAGCUCGCCACGUCACCCGAGAGUGUGUGCCAGGAGAAAGUGCGGGAUCAGAAAUAAAUCUGCCCUCAGAGUUUGUUGACUUUCUAUGUAACUAGGUCAACUUAAAAAGAUCUUUUCAGAAAUCUACAUGGCUGUUUUCCUCAGGUGACCCAAGAAAGACAGAUUGCAAGGAAAAUGGCCAGCUUGAUUUUCUAUGAUUGUAUGAGAACAGUCCGUCACAGUUAAAUCUUCCAUUCUCGCCCUCCAAGUAAAAUGAAUGUCACCUGCCCCCUAGGCAGCAGAAGAAAACCUCAUCUCCUUCUCCAGCUCCUUGCUUUCUUUACUCUAUGAACCAGCUUCUUUAUCAUGUAAACGGAUGAAAUCUGCACUGCUCUUUGAUGAAUGUAGGGCGCAAACCAACACAGGCCUUCUUUAUGUUUUUCAGCUCAGUCUUAUGGGACUGACUGUAGAAGUGUAUUACAAGCAGGGGUGCAGGUACACUUUUUCAUCACGUGGUAAGAAAAAUGUCCAUGCUGCUGUAGGUUUAGAGUUUGUGCCCAUCCUGAAGUACAUCUGUAGACAUCUGGAUGUUUUCUUAUUACUUCUCGAGCUUGAGGACCUCAGGAGAGCAUGUUAAAAACUCAAUCAUUUUUCCUUUGCUUUACUUAUGGAUGAAAAGCAAAAAAAAAAUACAAAUAAAAUAAGCCAGAACAUGCUGUUGAUUUCCAUUAACUAUACUAUAAAAAGGAAGGAAGUCUUUUCACUGUUUAGCUGUAACUGGAAACAAUGAUGAAAGAAAACAAAUCAAUGCUGAUUUAAUAUACUGUAUAUUUGAAUGCUGUUAAAUGCUGAUUAUUUUCAUUUUUGACAAUGAUUUGUAUAUUGUGAAGAUUUGUAAGCAAUGAAUAAGCUACCCUGCUGGAUGCGCUGGUGUGUGUGAAUAAACGAAUGAGCGGAAUGGAAGAGAGAAUUAGACAAUAAACGCUAAUCGGCUGUCAUGUAACUCUCACUUCUUUAUCCAGAGCUGAGUGAACAAGUGCUUGUGUUUGUGUAAGAAUUACACACUGACAUACACCUGCUAAUAUAUUAGUGAUUUAAAGGAAACAGCCACAGGUAUAAGGCAGAUAUUGUUAUAUAUAUAAUAUUGUUUCUGAAUCAGCUAUACACUGUCUAACUUGGCCUUAGUUUCUUAGAUAGCAUGAGUUGUCUGUCAUUUUGUAUAAAAUGGGCAUUUUGUCUGUUUUUCUUCAUCAGCACUAAAAAAACUGAUCGAAUCAGCCACUUUCUCAUCUAUGAACGAGAUGAACCAGAUGAAGUACUUUGCCGUAAGAUGUACAUAUUUUUGUAAAGAGCAUAAAAUGACAUGUUGAAAUGGUUGAAUGAUGUGUUUUUGUGAGUGAGGUGUAUUUGUGUUAAUGUGUGUGUCAGUUUGGGAGAGGUUAAUGGUGAAAUGUAAGUGGAUUCCGUGCAAUGUUUAGGAUGUUAGGUCACCUGAGGUGUAUUUAUUGGGUAAAGAUGAGCUAGCGUUCGGUUCUGUUCUGUGUUUAGUUUCAGAUUUUAUUAUUUAUGUUCUCAUUUCACCAAGCACAUUGAUGUUUUGCGUUUUCUUUUCCAUGUUCAUGUCUGUAAAUUUUCUUUUCCAAAAUUCUUUGAUUACGAAUCACUCCCACUGGAUUAGAAAAAUAAAUUUUUUAAGUAAUCUCA